AUGUCCUCCACCAACACCGGAGCGCAUCAGGCGGCCCUCGCGCUUUUGCGUCGUGGUUUUGGCGACAACGAUACCGCGCUACUCCUUGGCGGGAUGACUCCCGAUAACCAAACACGCAUUGUGGAAGGCAUCGUUAACAUGAUCGAACUCUCGGUCGCCGAAGCUACGGCCGCCCAGAAGACAUUGAAGGAACAAGUCACUCAAGUGUCUUCGCACGGAAGAAACCUUGAAGAUUCUCUCCGCGUCGCUCGCGAGAAAUUCGCGAUCUUAGAAGAGCAAGCUUCCACCAUGACGAGACAUGGUCGCACCCUCCAAGAUUCUCUGCGCAUCGCCCACGAUGAGAUUACGCGCCUCACGCGCGCUUUAGAGUCGGAUACCCCAUCGACUUCUCGUCUGAAGUCGAUCAAGCUGGAUGUUGCCAAAUUCGGCGGAGGGGAGUCCGACAAACUCCCCCGCUGGCUUUUACAAGUCAGCACUGCUGCUGACGCCCAGCGUAUCCCCGACGACGCCACCACCGUGGCUUUCGCGAUGUCGCACUUGAAGGGUCUUGCGGAAGGUUGGGCGUUCUCCAAACGCUUGACGGACCGCCAUUGCUUCCCGUCCUUCUCGGUUUUUGUGACCGAACUGAAGGCAAUGUUCCUGCCGCCCAACAGCGAUUUUCGUUAUCGCUCGCAGUAUCUGGCAUGCAAGCAAGGGAAACGUUCCCUCCAAGAGUUCAUCCAUGACCUUCGCUUCUUGGCAGCGAAUAUUAACGACGAAGAAUCACUCUCGGAGGCCCUGCGUGUGACCGUUUUCAUGGACGGUCUCAACCAAGGCCCAGCGCGCACCCAGCUUUUUCGCGCCUACCCGGACACCUUCGAAGAAGCCGACCGAAUCGCGCAUUCGGAAUCAUUUUCCUCCUCCUUCGCGCACGCACGCGCGGCAUCCUCGGACAUGGAUGUCUCCAUGCUCACCCAGGCAUCGGACGACCGCAAGUGUUUCAAUUGCGGUCGCCAUGGACACUUUUCCCGCGCAUGUCCGGCACCUCGCCGUGUGGCUCGCACUGUUCCUCCCGUGCCGCGCCAAAUACCCACUCGCGUCAUCCUCCAAGCAGCCCACCUAACCGCUUCAAUCGCGAACGCUAUGGCACCUCGCGCCCGCCUUUCCGCCCUCCAGGCUUGA